UUACCAGACAUGAGUUCUCUUUCAAAUCUUGAGAAGCUUUAUCUAUGGGGAAAUACUCUUAGCGGAAAUAUUCCAGAUUCCAUCUGCAAUGUUUCUAAGCUCAGAUUCUUAGAAUUAGAUACAAACUCAUUCUCUGGCCCAAUUCCCAAUGCACUUGGCAAUUUGAGACUGCUCGAGGGAUUAUAUCUUUAUUCGAAUCAUUUGACCACCAAACCUUCAGUUCAUGAGUCGAGCUUUUUCUAUUCUUUGGCAAAUUGCAGCUACUUGAGAAUUCUAGACUUAUCAUUUAACCCGUUGAAUGACAUUCUUCCAACUUCACUCUCAAAUCUCUCGAUAUCACUUAAACAUUUUAAAGCCAGGGCUUGCAAAAUUAGGGGCAACCUUCCCACGGAAAUUGGUAGUCUAAACAAUAUUAUGGAAUUAGACCUUUCUACCAAUGAGUUGGGUGGAUCUAUUCCAGCAGAAAUAGGAAGGCUAAAAAACCUCCAAUUUCUGGAUUUUUCUGGAAAUAAGCUGCAAGGUUCUAUCCCACAUGAACUUUGUGGCUUAAAGGGAUUGCAGCAGUUAUUGUUAGCUAUGAAUGAUCUUGAUGAACCUUUACCGGUAUGUUUGGGCGAUCUGAUUUCUCUGAGUGUGCUAGAUUUUUCCUCCAACAAAUUGCAUUCAUCAAUACCUUUAAGUUUUUGGAGCUUGAGUGAUAUCUUGCAAGUAGACUUGUCAUCCAACUAUUUUAAUGGUUCACUUCCACUUGACAUUGGGAAUUUGAAGGUAAUUAUACGUCUGAAUUUGUCAAGAAAUUUUUUCUCAAGUGAUAUUCCUCCCACUCUUGGAAGUCUCCAAGAUCUGCAAGUUCUACUUCUUUCUCAUAAUCGAUUUCAAGGUCCUAUUCCUGAAUCAUUAGGUGGCUUGUUGAGUUUGAAAAGUUUAGAUUUAUCUAAUAACAACCUCUCCGGAGAAAUUCCUAAAUCUUUGGAAAGACUUUCGCAUCUCAAAUUUUUGGAUGUGUCUUUCAACAGAUUAGAAGGUGAAAUCCCAAAUAGAGGGUGUUUUGUAAACUUCACGGCCAAAUCAUUCAUGAAAAACUAUGCACUAUGUGGCUCACCUAGAUUACAAGUCCAACCUUGCAAGAAUGACAUUCAUCGACAAUCCAACAAGGCACUUCUCCAUGCUUUGAAAUAUGUUUUGCCAAUAUGUGGUUCAACUAUCAUAGUUGUAGCUUUUGUAAUUGUCUACAAAAAAUGGCAAAGCAAGAGUACAAGCUUGACGACUGCAGAAGAUGUAGUGCCUUUCAACAAAUGGAGAAGAAUUUCUUACCACCAAUUAUUGGAAGGGACGGGUGGAUUUAAUGAAAGCAACUUCCUUGGUUCGGGAAGUUUUGGCUCGGUAUACAAAGGAAUACUUUCAGAUGGGAUGGAAGUUGCAAUAAAAGUUUUCAACUUGGAAUUAGAUGGAGCAUUUAGGAGUUUUGAUGUUGAAUGUGAAGUGAUGGGCAACAUCCUUCAUCGCAAUCUUGUCAAGGUCAUUACUUGUUGUUCUACUGCUGAUUUUAAAGCCUUGGUGCUUGAGUUCAUGCCUAAUGGUAGCCUUGAGAAAUGGCUAUAUUCCGAAAAUCAUUCUUUGGACAUCCUGCAAAGAAUCAACAUAAUGAUUGAUGUUGCGUCAGCCUUAGACUAUCUCCAUUUUGGAUGUCUUUUUCCUGUAAUCCAUUGUGACCUGAAACCAAGUAAUGUCUUGUUGGACGAAGACAUGGUUGCGCAUGUGGGAGAUUUUGGAAUUGCUAAACUAUUGGGAGAAGGAGAUUCCAUCAAGCAAACAAUAACACUCGCCACUAUUGGAUACAUGGCACCAGAAUAUGGAUCAGCAGGAAUUAUUUCCAUGAAGAGUGAUGUGUAUAGUUAUGGCAUUCUAUUGAUGGAAACUUUCACAAGGAGGAAGCCUACCGAUGAAAUUUUUUCCGGAGAAAUGAGUAUAAAGCAUUGGGUGAAAAUGUCAUUAUCUAGUGGAAUAAAUGUAGGGGAUUCCUGCAUGAUGCAAGAGGAGGAUGAAUAUUUUGGUGUUAAAUCAAUUUGUAUAUCAUCAAUAAUGGAAUUGGCUUUGGAUUGUUCGACCGACUUACCUGAAGAUAGGAUGGAUAUGAAGAACGUUGUUUCGAAGCUCAAUAAUAUCAAAAGAUAUCUUCUGAACAACAUUGGCAAAGAUUAAUACACUCAGAAAUGUUACUGUUG